AUGAAGUCUAUUGCGGAUAACCUUGCUGCAGCAGCACAACCAGUCAAAGAUGACCAUCUCAAUCUCUACAUUCUUAGUGGCCUAGGCCCGAAUUACGAUGCUUUGGUUGUUUCAGUUACCUCUAGGGCAGAAGCUAUCUCCAUCGCUUAUCUCCAUGAACUGCUCUUAAGUCAUGAAACUAGGCUUGAGAGUUUGAAUCUUAUAGAACAAGGUCUUGCUCAAGUUAAUUUGACAAUAAGAAAUUCUAAUACUAGUCAAAAGAAAGAGAACGGUUUCCGCAAGAACACUAUAUCAAAUAAUAACAAUGGAAGAUUUGGACGAGGUCGAGGUCGAGGUCGAGGUCGAUAUAAUAUGGGUCAUGGUCAAUCUCAUAAUCCCACGGGAUCUUCUCAAUGUCAAGUGUGUAACAAAUAUGGACACACUACAUUAACAUGUUAUCAUCGUUUUAAUCAUGCUUAUCAAACAAGUUCUAAUACUCAAAUGGCAACCUUUAUAGCCCAACCAAAUACGGUCUCUGACCCAGCUUGGUAUCCUGAUUUCGGGGCUACAAAUCAUCUCACCAAUGAUCUCAAUAAUGUCACUAUCCGUGGAGACUACAGUGGUAAUGAGCAAAUUGUGGUUGGUAAUGGAACAGGUUUGCCUAUCUAUCAUAUUGGUGAUUCUAAGUUGCUUUCUUCGUCCCGCUCACAGCAUUUGAAGAAUAUUUUAUUUGUGUCUGAAAUUACUAAAAGCUUAUUAAGUGUAGCACAAUUCACUGUUGACAACAAUGUGUUUUUUGAAAUUCAUCCUUAUUUUUGUCUUGUGAAGGAUCGGGCAACGGGAAGGUCCUAUUGGAAGGGAGACUUGAAGAUGGCCUCUACAGGCUUCUCUCCAUUAGCAGAUCUGAUUUACGCUCAUUCAAUAAACCUCAAGUUUUUCUAG